GUGAGUGUUGCAUUUACUUUUUGUUCAUCUCAAAACAACAUGCGGCUUAUCUUUUUUCUCCUGUUCUUUUUGUGUAAGAGCAAAGGGACAUCCACAACGACGCCUAUAUCCAAUAUAACUACAGCUGCUUCAGAAGAAAAGCUAUCUCAUCUAGAGCUGGUGGCCACACCAGACUACCCAGUUGCAGCAGGUCAGAAAGUCGACCUGCAUUGCAGGGCUUUCAUCACUACAGCGUCCGUCAAGUGGUCCUGGCAACCCCUGACAAAUCAGACUUGGCAAGACGUGGGAACGGCUGGGGAAAUGAUGACCCUUACCAAACCGGAGCAGAGCGGGCUUUACAGGUGCCGUAGUGGGAGCAAUGACUCUCAGGUGGUGAGCUCUGACCACACUGUCUAUAUCGUCUCCGUGAAUGCAACAGUCGGUGAGUCUUUAGGAAUAGCUGCCUUUGUCCUUUCUCUCCUGGCCUUGAGCAUCAACUUUGCUAUUCUUUUUUGGCUGGGCUGGCAAAGAUUUGGUGCCACACUGACCAUCAACACUGCAGCUAAAGGUUUUCCUGGACCAGAAAAGUCACCAAAGGGAGGUUUGCCACCGACUGAAAGUGACGGAGAUGUGUACAUGAAUUACACAAGCCAAGCCUACUGUGAUCUGGACCCCACCACUGUUUCUGUGUACUCAAGUCUGUCAUGAACAUUCGUGGCGACAAAAAGAGCAUUUUGUUCAGCAGCAGAAUAUCUGCAAAUAGAGCUUAGCGUUACAUUUAAUUAUGUUUGAUUUAAUCUAAUUUCACACCAAAAAAUGUAAACAAAAUCUGAAUGUGGUAAAACCUGUUAAUCUAUAGUUCUAGCUAGGUAAAAUGUUCCCACCAAACUUCCUUCUCUGUGUUUGUACAUUUUAAUGAAACUUGUAGUUUGCUAUAAUUUUCUGUCUCAAACUGCAUGCAAUGUUUUCUUUUUCUUUUUUGUGUACGUGGAUUGAUAGAGCUAUCCCAGCUUGUUGAUAUGUCAGAAAUUGACUUUUUAAUUUACUUUAAUCAUCACAAACACAAAUGAAAGACAAAUAAAAUUGUAAUUACAAGAAUUGGCUGUAUGGAGUAAAACAAGCAGGUUUUCCUUUUGGAAGAUCAAAAUAACAUUACACACACU